UCGGGGCGAGCGAACCGCCGUGUCCCGGCCAGCUCCGGUUCCCCCUUUCCCUCUCGCUGCUGCCGCCGCUUCGCUCCGCGCUCGCUGCAAGGGAGGGAUGGGGCGGGGAGGGGGAGGAGGCGCUGGGGACGAGGAAGGGUCUUUGCAUCCCCCCUGCCCCCCUUUGCAUCCCCUUUGCAUCCCCCCCAGCUCCUUCCCGCUGCUGCCAGGGGACGCGCUUGCCUGCUUGAAAUAAAGCCCCCCCCUACCCCUCGCAAGCCUUCAGACAUCCCCCCUCCCAAACCCCCCCCCAAUCCAUCCCCUGGUCCCCCCUCCACCAUGAUUUUCCUGAGCUGCUUCUUGCACCUCCGGCCUCGGCGCUGCAGCCCCUUGGCAGGGCUGGGCAGGGUGGGCAGCCCCCCGGCGGGGUCCCGCAGGGCUUUGCGGGUGCUGGUGGACAUGGACGGGGUGCUGGCUGACUUCGAGGGAGGCUUCCUCAAGAAGUUCAGGGCCAGGUACCCAGACAAACCCUACAUUGCCCUGGAGGACCGGAGGGGCUUCUGGGUGUCGGAGCAAUACGGGCGCCUGGGACCCGAGCUGCGUGAGAAAGCCAUCAGCAUCUGGGAAUCCAAAAACUUCUUCAUCGAGCUGGACCCACUCCCUGGGGCUGUGGAAGCUGUGAAGCAAAUGGCAAAUUUGGCAGACACCGAUGUGUUCAUCUGCACAAGCCCCAUCAAGAAGUACCGGUACUGCCCCUAUGAGAAGUAUGCCUGGGUGGAGAAGCAUUUUGGCCCCGAGUUUCUCGAGCAGAUCGUUUUGACACGAGACAAGACAGUGGUUUCUGCUGAUCUGCUCAUAGAUGACAGACCUGAUAUAGUUGGGGCUGAGUUGAACCCCACCUGGGAGCAUGUGCUCUUCACAGCCUGCCACAACAAGCACCUGCAGCUGAAGCCCCCCAGCCGCCGGCUGCAGUCCUGGACUGAUGACUGGAAAGCCAUUCUGGACAGCAAACGCCUGCCACCCAGCCAGGACACCUAAACCCUGCUCUCCUGAGGCCACCAGGGCUGUGGCCACCUGCCUGUGUCCCUGCAGAGUCCUCCUGAAGGCUGAAACCAUGGAUGGACAAACAGACAGAUGCUGUUCCUACUGGAGAGAGGAAGAAGAGGGGGACCUAGAGUGCAACAGCCACUUGGACCCAGGGAGCUGCUCCCAGCCCACAAGGGACAAGAAGCAGGACUGGGGACAAUUCCCACCAUCUCUGCUGUGUCUGCACCCACUGUGAGGCCAGCCUGGCACCCCAUCUCCCUCUUUGUAGUGUCUGACAUCAGCCUGCUGGGAAAGCUCUGAGUGUUCAUCUGCCAGACACCCUGCUUCCACACAGAUCCUAGGUGCUGGAUCCCACCAUGGUCAGGCACUGGAAUGGUCGAUGCCACAGAGCAUCCUAAAACCUUCAGUGCACAGCUGCCCAUGAAGAUGCUGCUGGGUGGAGAAGCUACAGCACUGCUGAGAAGUGGGUAAAGCACCACAGGUGUCCCAAGGUCAUGCUGAGGGUUGUGUUGGUGAAGGAUUGACACGGCUGCAGCCAUGGAUGCUGUUUUCCAUCCUCACAUACCACAGGGGAGGAAGCUGGGGGGAAUGUUGCUGUUAAAGACUGUUGGAGCCCACCAGAAUUGCCCAAGAGGCUGUACCACAGGUUUAGUUUGGUUGUAACCAGACAACCCUGAUGGGGUUGCUGAGCUCUGCCAGUGGCCAGUGCUGCUGGGAACCUGCACCCGGGCACCCAAAAAGGGAGCGUUUGGGCCCAGGCCCAGCUCCAAGAGGGAUAAUGCCUUUUGCAUGGAUGUGCCCACAAACUCUUUCUCCCCUGCUUGGCUCGUUCCUACUGCCUGGACCCUGCACCAGCCCCAACCUUGAACUGCAGUGACCCAUCUGUCACCAGCAGCAGCACCAGAACAUCUCUGUCUGAAGAGACAUCCCAGCUGCUGGGGAGAGCUGGACAUCCCUCCCUGCCUUCAGCAGAGCCAUUGCUGACCAGCCCUGGCCCCUGCCUGCUCCCACACUGUCCAGUGUCCCAGCACUUGCUCUCUGAGCCUGAGGACUUGCUGGCUGCAGGAGUAAUUCCCCACUGGGACAUGUAGCCCCAUGGCCAGGGGUGGUAGCCAGGGCUUGGCCAGUGUCAGCCACUCUGCAUGGCGUGUUCAUGCCUUUGACUUACCUUCCCUCUCUCCCCCAUCAGCAAAAAAAAAAAUAAUGUGAGCUCACAGCUACACAGCCAACAAAUAAUCCAUUGCAGCAGCAGCAGCAGCUGUCCCUCUGCUGUGUCCAGAACCUGGAGGGGCUUCUGAAGUUGCUGCUUUUGAACUUGUGCCUUCCCCGGCUGCUGCAGAGCCAGGGAUGUAGCCCAGGUCUCCUGGGGUCUUUCUGAAAGCUUCCCCAUCACUUGGACUGGCUUGACUGCACAAAGACAGCAUGGUUUGGGGGUGUUACACACCACAAGGAUGUGGUUUUUUCCUGUUGAUAUCACUGUGUGCUUCUUUGGUGGUGGGUUGGGUUGGUGGGGUGCAUUUGGAGGAGCCAUUUCCAAUGUACAACCACUGGGGAUGCAGCAACCUGGCCAGGAGCCUCCUUGGCUGGAGAGUUUGCAGGUGAGGAGCUGGGACAGUGAGUGAGCACCAGGGGCAGCUGCUGUGGCUGCAGAGCACCCUAUACCCCUUGGCCCCCCCCAGUGCCAGCCCCUUCAUGCAGCCAGGGUGGCUUCAUGGGGUCCAAGCUGUUUUCAUUCCCAGCAGCACCAUUUAAACAUCCGUUGCCCAAGUUCUCCAGAGCCUUCUUGCAGCCCAUCCUCAAGCCCAAACUGGAGCCAGCACAUCAGUACAGCAGCUCCUCAAACCAACCAUCUUCUCCCAAAGCUGGGGUGGACGUGGCUCCCCAGAGGUCAGAUCUUUCCUCUUUGGUGGGAUGUAUGAUGCUGGAAUGACCGUGUGGCCUCACUCCACAUAUACUUGAAAGCAGAGCUAGAGAUUCUCAUGCAUAAGGCUCUGACUCGACGCACAGAAAUCCCAUGUAGGUUGGUGGUCUCUUUGCACCUGCCAAGCUCAUGGCUGGAAGGUGGCUUCCAUCACCCUGUGGAUCAGUCCUUUCAACCUUUGAGCCCUUCUGUGGCCUGCGAAGAUGCUUUGAUUUUUAAAUGCACAUCUAUAAAACUGAGGCCAAUGAGGAGCACUGGAAUAAACACUGGGUUUUAUUGGCA